AUGUGGCGGGGCCAUGUUGGGGCCUUCAAGGAGGGCCAGGGGCUUCCCCAGUGUCCCAGCGUAGCCCCUUCGGACCCCGUGCUACCCUCACAGCUGCAGUGUGAGCCGCCUGACACCCUGAGGGAAGAUGUGUGCGCAGACCCCAGCUUCCUGAUGAAGAUGGACACGCAGGGCUUCGCCCCCGAGGAGCUGUGUGUGCAGGUGGACGGCCAGAACCUGACAGUGACCGGCGAGCGGCAGCUGCAGCACAACGACGGCAGCGGGGGCGCCUUCCUCGUGUGCCACCAGGUUCACCAGCAAGUGCAGCUGCCCCCGGACCUGGACCCCACCUCAAUGACCUGCAACAUGUCGCCCUCCGGCCAGCUGUGCUUCCACGGCCCCUGCCGCCUGCCGCAGCAGGCCACCCCUUCAGCCCAAGGACAUGUAGGCCACUCCCCGGGACUCAGACGCCAGGGUGCCCGGAGGAUCCAUCACUAG